GGCUGAAGCAGAUCCAUGCCCUGUCCAUCCAGGGGAACUAUGAGCUACGUAUCGACUUGGAAGACUUUGAAAAUAGCACUGCACACGCCCAAUAUGGUACCUUUGGAGUGGGCCUCUUCUCAGUGGACCCUGAUGAUGAUGGAUACCCUUUGACUGUGGGAGACUAUUCUGGCAAUGCAGGUGACUCUCUACUGAAACACAAUGGGAUGAAGUUCACCACCAAAGACAGGGAUAACGACCACUCUGAGAAUAACUGCGCCUCCUUCUACCAUGGUGCCUGGUGGUACCGCAACUGCCACACCUCCAACCUUAAUGGCCAGUACCUGCGCGGUCAGCACACCUCCUAUGCCGAUGGCAUCGAGUGGUCCUCCUGGACUGGAUGGCAGUACUCACUCAAGUUCUCGGAGAUGAAGAUACGGCCCACCCGCGACCCUGAGAAUAAAUGAAACUGACAAAAGAGAAGGAAAAAAAAGAAGAAAUUUUUCAAACAUUACAAACCACAAUUUCUGACAGCUAGGCAGAAUUACUUGUCUUGAUAUUGUUUAUUCACUAAAACAUACCUCUUUGAGUUUAGUUGACUCUGCUGUUUUCCUCCUGAUGUUUCUCUUCCUUUUUGCGCCUCUUCCUCCAUCACUCAGCUACUAGUCAUGCUGGCUGCCAUAAUCCUUCCCCUGGUCCCUUUUUUAAAAAAAUAAUGUAUCCGUGAUGCCCAUAUUUUUGAUCAUCCA